UCAUGGUUGUGUCCCUGGGGGUGUUCCAGAGUUAUCAAGAGGUGGUACUGAAGGACAUGGUUGGUGGGCAUGUUGGGAGUGAGCUGAAGGAUUCCUAGAGGUCUUUUCCAACCUGAAUGAUUCUGUGAUUCUAUGAUUUUGGGAAGAAUGGGGAAACUCCAGAACGCCAAUCCCCAGAACCCCCCUCCUGCUUCACAAACGCUGUGGGGCAACACAAGGCCCCACAUUCCCAUCCCCACAGCGGCAGCAUGUUCAUCUGCAUCACCCACAAUGACAACCAGAGCUUCCUGGCCAACACCGACUGCCCCGUGCUGCUGCUGCUGUCUCACCUGCGCAGCAAAGUGGGGGUUCCCCCCAACGAGGCCAUCGACCUGUGUGACAAGCAGGGCAGCCCCAAGAUGCUCUUCCAGGUGAAGACCAUGGAGGACAGGGCCAGUGACUUCCUCCCGGCACGCAGAACCUACUAUGUCUGUAGGGUUGAGUUUGGUGCUCCUGGCACUGCGCAGGAACAGACAGCACAGUCCUUUGUGCCCAUCCUGAAGAACCCCAGCGUGGCGUUGACCGAGGCGUUGCGUCUACAUGGGCAGCACCCGCAUCGGAAGCCGCUUCGCUCCCCGAAGACACUGGAGGGCAAGAAGGGACCAAGCACUGAGAUGCUGUCCACUGCUGCCCGCACUCAGGGAGCGGGCAAGGCAGCAGGGAGAGGCGCAUCCCGACCCCGGGAGGAGCAGCACGGUUCCCCCCGCAAGACCACAACGGCCUCGGGGGGGCGGCAGCAACCGCGGCCGCGCUGAGGCCCAAUAAAGCCGCGCUCCGCACUCAAG